AUGUUUUAAAAUAUGCAGUCCAUCAAUUCAAGAAUUACAAGUGAUAAUAUCAUUAAGACACUAGCUGCUGAUAUUACCCAAUACGUGACUUCAUGGAUCACCAGCGACGGGAAUGAAACAUUACAGAGAUUUGCAAAUUUCCAGCUAGACUGCGAGACUCCAGUGAAAGAUAGCGAACAGGAAUUCGAAAAAUUCUACUUUAUCUCAAUGAAACACUUGGCAAAAGGUCGUGACUUACAUGAGGCAGCUGAAAAAAUGGAAGCCUUGCAUGAUAGUGCAAUGAACCUUAAAGUGGCUUUAGACUGUUUUGCUGACAAACUGGAGCAGGCACGGGAACGUAUUGAAGGUGCAACACGUCUUCAUCAACUAUUAAACCAAAAUUUACGUGACGAAAAUGUUGAGCAAGAAUUACAACGCUUGAUGGAGCAUAUAGGAGUACCUGGCUUACUAGAAAAAUAUCAUAUAUACAAACAACAACAAGAACACCAGCAACAACAAAACACAGCAACAAUAUCAGAAAAUAUAAGCAGAGUUAAACCAAAUAGUCUCAACUUAAACUGUAGUCGUCGAAGAACUAAAACCUACAGUCUUUUCCUCACCAGUACACCCGCAGCACAAAAGCAAGCAAACUUCGCCAAUCACAGAAUUAGCUCUGGCAUUGGUUCGUUUGAGGGUACGCCAUGUGAAUGUUGGCGUGAAAGUCGUAAUUUGGGUGAUAUGGAUGAGCUAUUGGAUGGUGACGAUGACUGUGAAGAUGGUGAGGAAGAGCAAUCAAAAAUUGCCGAUUCAGGUUUGGGCGGUUGUGAACGUUGCGAGGGAAAUACAAAGUUAGCGCGUAUUUGUUCUUGUCAAAGCUUACAUGAAGUAAGCAAUUUCUGCGAUAAGAGUCAUAAUGAUGAUUUGGAUGAUGAUUGCUACGAACGUCCACCGAAACCAUACUUCGACAUACAUUCGCCGGUUGAGGCGAAUGCUCAUUUACAAUGUUUCGCUUCAAAUUUGGAAUUACCUAAAAUGGAAGAACACAGCUGCUUAGAUCAAAAAAUACAAAAAACGCUUCUAUUAAUCAUACGUGAAAUGAUUGGUACGGAACGCGAUUACGUACGUUCUCUGUACUAUGUCAUUGAGAAUUAUGUGGACGAACUGUUACGCGAUGAUAUACCACAGCCGUUACGUGGUCAACGUAACGUUAUUUUUGGUAAUAUUGAAAAAAUAUUCGAAUUUCAUAACUCACACUUCCUCAGCGAAUUAGAGCGCUACGAACGUAAUCCUCUGAAGGUGGGCGCAGCAUUUCUUGAAAUGGAAUCGAAAUUUUACUUAUAUGCUUUGUACAACAAAAAUAAACCAAAAAGUGAUACUCUAAUGAGUGAAUAUGGUACAACAUUCUUUAAGACAAAACAAUUUGAACUAACCGAUAAAAUGGAUUUGGCUUCAUACUUACUGAAACCGGUACAACGUAUGGGCAAAUAUGCAUUACUACUUCAACAACUGGUUAAAGCUUGCAGUGCUGUAGAGGGUACCGCAUUGCAAGAUAUCGCUGCUGAUGUUGAAGAACUGCAACGAGCUGAAGAGAUGGUAAAAUUUCAGUUGCGGCAUGGCAAUGAUUUAUUGGCUAUGGAUUCAUUGCGUGACUGUGAUGUUAAUGUCAAAGAACAAGGACGUUUGCUAAGACAAAAUGAAUUUUUAGUUUGGCAGGGUCGUGGUGGUAAAAAGACUUUGAGGCAUAUAUUUUUAUUUGAAGACUUGGUGCUGUUUAGUAAAGCAAGGCGGUUUCCAGAUCAUAAGAACCUUGAUAUUUACUUAUAUAAAAACAGCAUAAAAACUUCAGAUAUUGGAUUAACUGCGCAUGUCGGAGAUUCCCCAACGAAAUUUGAAAUUUGGUUCAGAAAACGUAAACCUGAAGAUACUUGGACAUUACAAUGUAUGUCAGAGGAUAUCAAAAAUGCUUGGACUGAAGAGAUUUCAAAAUUACUUUGGAAACAGGCGAAAAGAAAUCGAGAAAUUCGCCUUGCUGAAAUGUCUUCAAUGGGCAUCGGUAGUAAACCUUGCUUGGACAUACGCCCCAGUAAUAACCAAAUAAGUGAUCGUUCGAUUACUUUAACACAAUUAGGAAAAGCACCAAAACUGCGUCAUUCUUUCGCAAGCAGUACUGGUUCAGACCACAAUAAAGCCCGACGUCCGAAUUCGCUAAUAUCCGAUUGCUCUAUGUCAAGUGGUACUAGCAGUUCUUCAAUUAGCACAGGUAGUUCAUCG